AUGGCUGGGCAGAAGCUGGUGUUAGUGCUCACCAUUUUGGUGGCCGUGUGCAGCUUGGCCGCCGCCCUAGACGCGAAGCCGAAGGGGCCUCCGACGCCGAAGCUGCCGUCAAAGUACCAGACGAUCCAUCCCGGGAAGUCCGGUAAGAGGAACCAGGUCGCCGCCUGUGACGAUCCCAAAGACAAGAAGAAGCCAUGCACGGCCAGCUGCCCCAAGAACUGCCCCGACGAGUGUAUCGUCUACUGCGAAGCCUGCAUGACAUUCUGCUUGUGUGAUUUCUACCCCGGCAUGUCCUGCGGCGACCCACGCUUCACCGGCGCUGACGGCAACAACUUCUACUUCCACGGCAAGAAGGACCAGGAUUUCUGUAUAGUCUCGGACGCCGAUCUCCACAUCAAUGCCCACUUCAUCGGCAAGCGUAACCCUGCCAUGAGCCGUGACUUCACCUGGAUCCAGGCCCUCGGCAUCCGCUUCGCUGACCACAGCCUCUACAUGGGCGCUCAGAAGACCAUCAAGUGGGACGACGAUAUUGACCACCUUGAGCUGACCUUCGACGGAAGGCCCGUGACCAUCCCCGAUGAGACUAAUGGGCAGUGGCAAUCCAAGGCUGUGCCUGCUUUGACCAUCACCAGGACUUCCAUGAACAAUGGUGUCAGGGUUGAGCUUAAGGGAGUGUUCGACAUCUUGGCCAAGGUGGUGCCCAUCACCGAGAAGGACUCCCUAAUCCACAACUAUGGAGUGACAACGGAUGACAGCCUUGCACACUUCGAUAUCGGUUUCAAGUUCUAUGACCUCACCGAUGACGUGCACGGUGUGCUAGGCCAGACCUACCGCACGAACUACGUUAACAUGCUCAGUGUGACCGCCAACAUGCCGAUCAUGGGUGGUGCCCCCAACUAUGUCUCCUCCAACAUCUUCGCCACUGACUGCAAGGUCACCAGGUUCGGUCGCAAGGCCGAAAUUUCCAUGAUCACUACCACGGCCAGUUAA